CAGUUUAACUCAGGCUUCCUGUGCUAACACUUUGAACUAGCUCCAGCACUUGUGCAAUAUCCGACUUCACUGUCUCGUAUCUAUCGACUCAACCAUGAAUAUUUGUGAACUUUGCAAGGCACCUAAACUAGGGCCAUUCCACGUGUGCCAGGCGAGAUGUGCUGAAUGUAGGAUAACCUUCACCGCCAGUCCUCAGCAUCAGUGUGUUAUUUACUGUGAGCAGUGCUAUAAAAUACCUCGUGGACAUUUUGAUAAGAUUUGUCCUUCGUGCUCCAAAGUGAUUUGUUCUACCCGUCGCAACCCUGAUCCAUGUCCAUUUUGCAUGUAUCUAGUUGAUUCCGAGUCUGAUACUAGUUCUGAUUCAGAGCACUCAGAAGCAUCAUCGCACCAAAGCGUCCAGUAUGAAAGCUCGCCAACUCAGCAGUUAGUGGAGGUAGAGGAGGAAUAUCCUCGUGGAGGAGGCGGUGAACUGCCGAGCACGCUCACCAACACCAGAAGAUAA